AUGGGUGUUCAGAUGGUCGCUGAAAUUGCGGAGGGCACGGGGCUGGAUGACUUCAUUAGGAACGAGCUGAAGAGUGCGGCUCGGUUUCCAAGGGACGCGUCCGUCGCAGCGAGCCGGGAGAACGAGCCAGAGCAGCGGGUACCUGGGCGAGACAUGAGCGCGCAGCCGAGCUCCAGGCCAGUGCCAUGUACCAGAAAGGUCCCGCGCAGUUACCAGAAGCGGCUUAGGGCCAGCUACGUUCGGAGCGUCGGGGUAACACAUUGGCCAAUCAGCAGCGUCAAUGGGGGUGUGAGUCACAGCAGCGGGUCCACCCCGUUGGCGCUAUACCUGAUCCGGGAUAGCUACGAGGUCGGAGUGCCGAAUCAGGAAAAGCGUGAGGGUAUUUUCAGCCCCACGACCCGCCGCACUGCAAUUCGCCCAGCCGAAGAGCUUAGGUAA